AUGAUGAGCCGAGAAGGUAAAAUAGAGAUUGAAUUAGAAAGACGUUUUGGAAAUGAUAAUAUUGAGAUUGACAUUACUCAGAGAAACGCUUAUGCCAACGUAACUGUUACUACAGAUAGGAGUCCAAAGACAAAGGACGGGACUGUACUAACCGGAUACAUCAAGAUAACACAUAUUCUGAGUUCUGGAUUUAAGAUAAGUAAAAUUACAGACUCUAGGAACUCCAUAAAUUUUGAUGGUUUUCUAAACGAAGUAUCUACUGUUUCCGUAUUCUUUUGGGGAACUAGAUUAGAGAAGCCUCUCCUUGUUCAACUAGGUGAUAAAGAUGAAUAUUACAUAACCACUGAUGGAAAUACUUGGGCAAAGAAUCAAGAAGAAAAUACGAAUCUCCAAAAUGCUCUUGACAAGCAAAACUGUGAAAAGAAUAGCUUACACGUAGUAAAUAUUUGUAAAACUGGUAUGAGUGGCAAUGCCUAUAUAUGUCCUUCCUGUCAGCAAAAACAAAUUCAAUUAACCCCUGAUAGAUCUAAAAAUGGACGGUACAACUAUGUGAUCUACUCUCAUACUUCAAUUAGUAGCCUUGGAAAUGUUAGGAAUGGUAAUGAGACAAUAUUCCCCGCUCCAGCAGAUGUUAAAAUCAUAUCCGUUUACUGGUAUAAUUACUACCCCUUACUCCUUUCAUACGAGGUUGAAGAAAAUGACAUCUUUAAAAGAAGAUAUUAUGGAGAUUAUGAUUGGGUUACGGAGAAUAUGUUUACCAAAACUAUACCUGUAAAACCUGAAAAUAUCAGGAAAAUCCUAGAAGAAUCCUCAACUCCACAUGUUACUCUAGACGUUUCUCAUCCGAUUGCAAGAUUAUAUAAGCCUGCUGGUAAUAUGCUAUUCUUUACUGUUAUUAAUGCUUUAGCAGAAGGUUCUGGUUUCCAGGGACACAAACAUGUCAUGACUACAACCUCGCUGUUCACCAUCAAGAGUCUCUGUUAUGGAACUACCAAACUAAAUAACAUAACGUCAAAUGACAAACUAACGAGCGUAAUCGCAUAUUACCCUAUCAAUAAUACAGGUCUGAAUAGCCUUCUCCUUGUUGAGCUAGAAAGGAAGAGUGGUAAUCCAAAAUCUCUCUACUUUCAACAGAAGGACGGCUUUGACGAGAAUAAUUGGGAAAAACUUCAGGAAGGUGAGUUAUCCAAUGAAAAUCUUAUUUAUAAGCUCGAGGAAUCCAGUAGAAAACUACCAGAAUCUCCAAAACAGGUCGUUGAUGGAGAACGGAAGAUUGAGCCAAAAACAUCUAUCACUUUUAAAGAGGAAUCCGACUCACAAGGGAAUGUUAUAAACAUAAAUAAGAAGUCUACGCGGUCUAACAAUGACCCUUUAGGUCUAGCCGUUGGAAUUGUCAUUCUAUGCCUGGUACUCCUUGGUUUUUUCCGCUUUGUAAUUCGGAAGGCUGGACCUUCAAUAAGGACGUAUCUAGCCAGUAGAAAAGACCUUUUAUCAGCAAUGAAGAUUUUAUAA